AUGUACAUGCACCAACCACCGGAAUUUUUUGAUUCACGCUAUCCUACUCAUGUUUGUAAAUUGCGCAAGUCUCUUUAUGGUUUAAAACAAGCACUACGUGCUUGGUAUCAACGUUUUGCAUCUUAUCUCCUAACUAUUGGCUUUGUGUGCAGCAAAAGUGACACUUCUUUGUUUAUCUAUAGACAGGGAAAUGACAUCGCCUACCUACUUCUAUAUGUCGACGAUAUCGUCUUGACCACCUCCUCCACCGCACUCAAGAUACGUCUCAUCACCGGAUUAAAACAUAAAUUUGACAUGACUGAUAUUGGCUUCUUGUCUUAUUUUUUGGGCAUCUCUGUCACUCGUACCAACAAUAGCAUGUUUUUGUCACAGCACAAGUAUAUCGAAGAGAUACUUAGAUGUGCAAACAUGGAAGCAUGUAAGCUUGUCGCUACUCCAGUUAACACCAACUCCAAUCUUAGUCUUCAUAAUGGUGAACCAGUGUCUGAUCCAUCUCUAUAUCGUAGCUUAGCAGGCGCUCUGCAAUACCUCACAUUUACACGUCCUGAUAUUGCCUAUGUUGUUCAGCAAAUAUGUCUAUUUAUGCACGCCCCAAAGCUCCCUCAUCUUAAUGCGCUAAAGCGUAUUCUUCGGUAUCUUAAGGGUACUCUGACGCAUGGUUUGAUACUGCAUUGUUCUCCUUGUUCUCCUUCUACACAACUUGUUUCCUAUACUGAUGAUGAUUGGGGCGGUUAUCUCGACACUAGACGAUCAACUUCAGGCUAUUGUAUAUUUCUUGGUGAUAAUCCCAUUUCAUGGUCUGCUAAGCGACAGACCACUCUCUCUCGAUCCAACGCUGAAGCAGAAUAUCGCGGUGUUGCAAAUGUAGUUGUCGAAGCUUGUUGGCUCCGUAACAUCCUGCUUGAGCUACACACUCCGUUGCAGUAG